AUGGCGAAAGACGCGGGCGGGAAGUGGUACCCUCUCCAUUCCGCGCUCAUCUUUGGAGAUCUUCCGUCUGCCAAGAGCUUGUUUGAGAAAGGAUGCAGCGAUGCCGGCAUGCUGGUCACGUCCAACUCGAAGGGGUGGAGAGCACUGCACUUCGCCACUCAGAGUGGACACAACGAAUCAGUAGAGUGGCUCUUGGGCCUAGAAGGGUGUGACGCCGCCGCCCGAACAACCAAGGGGGAAACCGCCCUGCACCUGUCGGCGCUGAGGGGAGACGAGAGGAUCUGUCAGAUGCUCAUAGACGGGGGCUGCCCGCCGGAGGCCGUGACGCGGGAGGGGAAGACGGCGCUGCACUUGGCCGCGGGGAAGGGCCACUUGGCCGUGACGCGAUUCCUCGUCGUGGGGGCGGGACUGUCACCUUCUACCCCGGACGGAGGCGGUGCGUCCGCGGCGGCUCUCGCGCUCGCAGGAAACCACAAGUCCGUGGUCCGAUUGCUCCAGAAGAACUGCCCGGGAGUUCCCAUGGGCGUACCCAAGCGGUCGAACAACAGCAGGCGUUCUCUCGACGCGGCGGGAUUCCUCCCUUCCUCGGAACUUGCAGGGGGAUCAGACUUCCAGGGACGGAAGGGGCGCCGCAAUCUGCGCGCGCGAGAGGGGGGGAUCAGCUUCGGCGGGGACGGCGGCGGGCGCGGCAAAGGCGGGGGUGGAAAGAGAGGCGGCGCGAAGGCGGCCGAGGAAGCGGGGCGCCGGCUGCUGGAGGCUUCCAGGGUCGGGGACACCCUUGCCAUGGGACGGGUCUUGGCGAGCGGGGACGUCGAUGUGGAAUGGGUCGGCAGGGGCAACGGGUGGACGGCGGUGAUGGAGGCAGCGGAGCACGGAUCGUUGGAAGCGGUCUCGUUCCUGUUGGACAAGGGUGCCGACCUGGAGCAUACGAACAACAAGGGCCUCACCCCCCUGCAGCUGGCCGUGCGCUCUGGGCACCUUGGGGUGACGGAGGAGCUCUUGAUUCGAGGAGCACGGCCGAACGUCACCACCAAGGCUGGUCUGUGCUUGCGCUGCUUGGCAAACUCUAUGGGCCACGGCUAUCUCGCGGAUUGGCUCUUCGCGAUGGGGGUGGCUGAUGGCGUGGACGGCGGUUGCGCUUGUUCAGGGGGCGCAAAGAGUGCCGGUGGCGGGGGCAACGAGCCUGCUUCCAACGCCAACGCCGCAAUAGCGCGGCAGCACUCAGGCGGCUCCGCCCAUAGCAACGGCGGUGCACCGUCGCCGCCGCCGCCGCCGCCGCCGGCAGGCUCUGAGGCCGGCGCCCCGACGGCGGCGCUGACGGAGUGGCUGGCGAGCCUGGGCCUCAGCGCUUACGAGAGCCGAUUGGUCUCCGAGGGCUUCGAUACCUUGGAUGCCAUGUGCGCGGCCACGGAACCGGACCUCGAGGAGAUGGGCUUCAAGAAGGGCCACCUGCGACUGCUGCUGGCUCGAGCGCCGUCCGCCUCGACGCUCACGAGCACCGCCAACGGCGGCGGGGGCGACAGGCGAGUGUCGUUUAUAGAUGAUCGCGGAGCGCGGGCGGGGUCACCGCCGGUAGCGGUAGCCUCCGCUCCCCGUGGGGGCGGCGGCGGCGGCGGCGGCGGCGGCGGCGGCGGCGGCUGGGUGAAUCCGACCGAAGUCAUGGCGCAACCCGUAACGCGAGGUGUGGGGGACGAGGACAACGGGGAAACCGACCCCCGGUAUUGUGACGCUUGGGUGCUGCAGCCCUCCCGGGCGCUGUCCGCGGGAGAGAACAGCGGCGGCGAUCGAGCGAGGAGCAGCAGCAGCAGCGCCGCCGAGGGGUUCAAGGAGCUCAAGCCGGAGGAGGUGGAGGUCGACCGCGUAAUCGGGGAAGGGUCGUUCGGCGUGGUGAGGCGGGCCCGGUGGCGAGGCAUGGAGGUUGCUGUCAAGGAGCUCAAGACUUGCAUCGCGUCCGCGGCUGCGGUGGCUGCGGCGUCGGGCGCGGCGCCAUCGGUGGCGGUCGGCGGUGGCGAUAGCAACGGCGCGACGGCGGGGACGGAGCUGGGCGGCAAGGUUAAGCAGCGGGAUAUUGACAACUUGGUGGAGGGGCAGGAGGAGAUGCGGCACGAGGCGAGGAUGCUGGCCAAAGUGUGCAACCACAAUUGCGUGGUGCAGUUCGUCGGGGUGCUGCUGCGGCCGGUGCCGUCGGUGGUGACGAUGUUCAUGGAGAACGGGUCCGUCGAGGACAUGCUGGUCUCCUCCGACAAGAAGGCGACCAAGGACCUCGUAUGCCGCAUGGCCAUCGAGGCGGCAAAGGGCGUGAUACACCUGCACAGGGAAGGGGUGGUCCACCGUGACCUUGCUUCUCGCAACCUCCUCCUCGAUGAUGGCUUCCACGUCCGCAUCUCGGACUUCGGGUUCUCUCGUGUGAAGCGCGAGUGCGCGAGCAGAGGGUACACGAGGAGCGACAUGGGUCCGAUAAAGUGGACGUCACCGGAGGCGAUGCGAAAACGGUGCUACAGCGAGGCCUCUGACGCGUUCUCGUUCGGGGUGGUCUUGUACGAGAUGUUCGCCAGGAGCCCGCCGUGGGAGGGGCACGAGAACCUAGACGUGGCGUUUCGGGUGUGCUCGGGAGAGAGAAUGACGGUCCCGCCUCGCGUCGACUCGCCGCUGGCGGACCUGAUGCACAAGUGCUGGAACGAGUCGAGCCGCCUGCGGCCGGACUUCGCCUCCAUCCUCACGGCGCUGACAGCCUUCGCGGGCGAUCAAGAGCUGGCCCGGGCGAACGGCGUGGAAGGCGGCGGGGCGGCGGCGCUCGUGGAGGCCGACCCGUCCCCGCCCCCGCCGCCGCCGCCGCGGGACGGCAAGAAGUCUGCGGCGGCGGUCAAGAUCGCCCGGGCGAAGGCGGAGGCGGCGGAGCUGGCGAAUGCCGCGGUGGCGGAGCUGAGGCGCCGGAAGUUAACGACCCUGAGAGCGGUGACGGAGCUGCAGCGGCAAGGGCCGGGGUACACGGCGGCGGAGUCGGAGGAGGCGGGGGAGGGGGCGGGAGGCGGAGAUGGUGCGGCCUCUGCUGAGCCAGAGGCGACGGGAAGCAACGGUGGUUCGUCGCGGUUAUCACGGCAAGGUAGCGGAGGAAGCAGAGGUGGAGGAGGAGGACGGGGUACGGAUGGGAGAGGGCGAGGAGGACUUAGGUCAUGGAACGGCGACGGCGGCGGCGGCGGGGGCCGGUUCGGGACAGCCCGGGGCGGGGGCCGGUUUGAGGCUGGCCGAGGAGGCGGCGGGGCGCGCAGCGGAAAAGGCCGUUCCUUCCCCCCCAGAGGCGGCAGCACCAGCACCGCCGGCAGAUGGGUAGAACGUUUCGGCGGCAGGGGGGACGGUGGGCGCGGGCCUUCGCCAGGGGGUGCAGCAGCAGCACCGAGCGGGGAUUUCGCGGGGCCGCCACCGCCGCCUAGGCUGGGAGAGGGGCAACAAGGCCGGGGAGGAGGGCGUGGCGGCCGUUUCUCUGUAGAUGGGUAGAAAGUGUGUUCAGGAAGAGGUUUACUACGUGUACGUUCUGUGGUUUGUUGACCCCGGAAUGCCCAAGUUAUUGUUGAAUAUCAUGUUUGCUUGCUUGACGUUUUUGUUUUUCGUGGCAAUAACUAGAUGAUUAGGUCAUUUCGUCCCGGUUGCGGUCUGAGAGGCGUGCAACGGGUGUCCUUUGUGCCGAGGUGUCAAAUCGCUGCUGUGUUUGCUGCUCGUUCGUCGUGUUCAGACUUUCCUCAAUGACCUGGACUAUCUAUCCUAUGUAGCCUUGGCUUGUCAUGCCUUUUGUGUUGUGUUCCUCCGCCGACACGAGGAGGCGGUUGUAGUUCCAUCACAAGUAGAUGGAUUUCAACCAUGUGCCACUACCCAUACAGUGGCCGCGGUGCAUCUCUGCAGAUGUGUCACGAGUGCACGGGCUAGUCAGCAGAGCUUGUUAGUAGUAGUUUUUGCUUAUCGUUGGAGGAGCGGCGAGUUCGGAAGGGGAGCAGGCAACAACGAAUCGAAGGCAAGCCUAGGUUAGUUUCUUAGUCUGGUGGCGCGUUUCCCCGAAGAAGCUGGAUUGCUCCGCGCUUGGCUAUCAAUAAAAAGGUGAUUAAAAAUGUCCUUGUUGAUGACCCGUGGUGCCUGUUGUGCCGCCAUUUGCGAGCGCUUUUAGUUUCGGUUCUCUCGGGUUUGAAGGUUUCGUUUGCCUGCCGCCUUUUUUUUUUUUUUGCGGUUGUUAUUAGUGUUUUGCGGUUUUUCUGUUUUGUGCUGUACCACGCUUAGUGGUCCGUGGUCUGUGUCGUGUUAAAGAGGAAGAGGUACAGGUACGUGCUUCGCGACCCAACCAGCGCGACGGCUCUGUAAAGGCGCAGGUCGCGUAAACAUAGGGGGGAUUGGUAGCCGAUGGUGGUUGUCGUACUAGUGUUAGAUGGCGAGAGGGAGGAGGGUGUCCGCUGAACUCGUGCACUUUUGCACCGGUGUGUCU